UUCAAGAAUAAAUAUUAUUUUGUUUAAUUUUUGAGUUGUUUAACAAAAAAAUAUGAAUACGCCACGUCGGGAGACACGUAGCAUGCACUUGCAAAACGUGCAAAAGUUUAGUACACCUUUGCGCAUACCGCCAUCGCCAUUUAUGAAGAAUCUUGGAUAUGGAACUGGUGUAAAUGUUUAUAAAUUGGAACGUUCACCUAAACACGGUGAAAUGCGUUCACCUUGGGCUGUGAAGCGGGUCUCUCAAAGAACACGUAAUAAUGAACACGCUACGCUAUUCAAUUCGAGGAUUCAUGAAGAAGCAGAAAUUUUAAGAAAACUAUCACAUCCUAAUAUUGUAGGAUUUCGUGGUAUAAUUAAAAACUCAGAUGGCGUUGAGACAUUAGCACUGGAAUGCUGUAAAACUUCACUUGGUACUAUAUUAGAAGAUCGUAAUGAGGAUGAGUUGGGACCUUUACCAGCCAAGCAUACACUACAAAUGAUUAGAGAUAUAACUAGUGCGUUAGAUUAUUUACACACGCAAGCUAAGUUAUUACAUGGUGACCUGAAAUCGUUUAAUGUAUUGGUGAAAGGCGAUUUCGAAAUAUGUAAACUAUGCGAUUUUGGUGUAAGCUUACCAAUGGACGAACAUGGUUUGAUUGAUUUCACGAAAAAUCCACAUUUACGUUAUGUUGGUACAAAUCUUUGGUCUGCGCCCGAAAUAAUGGAUGAACUGGAAAUCAUCGAUUGUAAAGCAGAUAUUUUUAGCUUUGGCUUAAUAAUAUACGAAACAAUUGCAUUAGUGCCACCACAUACAUUAGAUAUAGGCGAUAACGCCGAUGAAAGCAUUAGUAUGGAAUUAGAAAAGGCGGAACUUUGCGAGGCUGCAUGUGGUACGCGCCCACCACUACCGCAAACAUUUCAAUUAACCGAUGAAUACAAUAUAAUUAUGGAGAUAUUUUAUUGUUGUACAAACGAAGUUGCAGAAGAUAGACCUACAGCAAGUACAAUAUGUGCCAUGUUGCAAAAUGUGAAUAUUACUGACAAGGAAAACCAGCAAGGCAAUGCGUUAAAUGAGGAAACCAUUGACAAAUAAUUCAAAAAUAACGAUGGAAUUAUUGAUAAUAAGUCAUAAUGAAGAAAUAUGAAUUAAAUUGAAAUGAAGAAUAUGAAUUUAAAUGGUGAUAGAAUUCGUUAAUUUAUAAUAUAAUAU